AUGCCGCUCAACUCCACCGCACAGGCGGAUGUUGAGCCGAACCAUUCUUCGCACGAUAGACCCUCAGAGGGCGUUACGAACAUUGAUGGCGAUGCCAAAAAUACGACUGCCGAGGCUGAUACUGCUACCACUCCUCCACAUGCGCCACCGCCGGACGCUGAUGGAACCACAAGCCCUGGCGAUAGCAUGGAUGAGAUUUUGGGGGGCUUGACGGAAGGGAUUCGCAAUCAAGAAGACAUACAGAGAGACAUCACAGCUCGAGCGAACAUCGCACUGGUGGCGCAAGAGGACGAGAGAGAUGAAAAGAGAAUAGAGAGGGCGACUACGAACAGGGAUAGGUUGGUGAAUCAAAAGCAGAAACAGUUGCGACGCCUGGACCUGAUCACCACAACGUCGACACAAAAGAAGGCCAUCAGGGAAGAGAUCGCGGAUAUUGACGAAAAAGUGGCUGGUCUUAAUAAUGACAUCGUUCAGUCCCAAGAGCGAAUUCAACUGCGACAUAUGCAAAAGGAUGGUGCAGACAAGAACGAUGGCGAGGUUUCUACCGCAAAUAGGCGAAUGCCAAAUGAAAGCCAGCGCGACUUCCUCAUCAGGACUGGCAAGAUCACACCGUUUUCCAGGAUGGAAGCUAGGCCGACCGAAGGGCCGACAGGAGAACUGACAAACAUUUUGAUGGAGGCUGAACAGGCAGCCGAGCUUCCUGGAGUGACUGAUGACCAGUCAGCCGAGCAGAGGUCUCAUCAAUUUCUGAGAAAGCCCGGCUUCGAAGACAUCAGCGAGGUCAGCAGUCCAACCGAUGAGGAUUCUGGACUUUCUCGCCCUCGUAAAAAGCGCCGUGUUGGAGAUGGGAGUGCUAUCACAUCAGCUGAAGCAUCAGAUGGAGAGAUUAUUCCGGAUUCUGCGAGACCUCGGAAAUCUCCAGGCGCUGAUUCGUCUUAUACACCAGAUAUAAUAGAUGGAGAUUUCAUUGUUGGCGACGAAGAAGAAGAGGACGAUGACGAAGGCAUUCUUGAUAUUGGUCGAGCCGUGAAGAAGGCGGCCAAAGGAAAAGCCAAAGCAAAGGAUCUGAUAGAAAAGGUUGUCGACGAUGGCAACGAAGCCGACUACCAGAAGCGAUUAAAGAGCUGGGUGGCUAAGCGCAGUCGAGCUCGCCGCAUGAAACUUGGAGAGGCAGCGGAUAUUGAUGACGGGGAAGAGGAGUGGUUCAAGCGAAGUCCUGAUGCCCCUGACCACCAUUUACCGAAUGACUUGAGGCUUCCUGGAGAUAUCUAUCCAGCUUUAUAUGAUUACCAGAAGACCGGUGUCCAAUGGCUUGGCGAACUGUAUGCAUCCCAAGUCGGAGGUAUUGUGGGAGAUGAGAUGGGUCUUGGAAAAACAAUUCAAGUCGUCUCUUUCAUAGCGGCACUCCAUUUCAGCAAACAGCUCAACAAACCCGUUAUCGUUGUGGCCCCUGCGACAGUUCUUCAACAGUGGGUGAACGAAUUUCACAGAUGGUGGCCUGCACUCCGGGUGUCUAUAUUACACACCUCGGGCAGUGGAAUGCUUAAUGUUCGUCAAGAGGGUCGCGUUGAAGAUGAGGAGGAGGACAUCACGCGCACCCGCGGGGGAAAGAAAGAGCCAAAGGCCAAAAAGGCUGCAAAGCGCAUUGUGGACCGUGUUAUAAAGCAAGGCCACGUCCUUGUCACCACCUACGCCGGUCUCCAAACAUACGGCGACUUACUCGUCCCUGUGGAAUGGGGCUACGCUGUGCUGGAUGAAGGGCACAAGAUUCGAAACCCGAACACGACUGUCACCAUUUAUUGCAAGGAGUUACAAACUCCAAACCGUAUUAUUCUCUCCGGUACGCCACUGCAGAAUAACUUGAUCGAGCUUUGGUCAUUGUUUGACUUCAUCUACCCAAUGCGCCUGGGAACAUUGGUUAAUUUCCGCAAUCAAUUUGAGAUUCCAAUCAAACUUGGUGGCUAUGCCAAUGCAACCAAUCUUCAAAUUCUGACAGCUACGAAAUGUGCGGAGACCUUGAAAGAAGUUAUCGGGCCUUACCUAAUCCAAAGACUGAAGGCGGAUGUUGCAUCUGACCUUCCAAAGAAGACAGAACAGGUGCUAUUUUGCAAGCUCACAAAGCCACAAAGACAAGCAUACGAGGAGUUCUUGAAAUCGGAAGAGAUGGUGUCAAUUCUCAACCGCACGAGACAGUCGCUGUAUGGAAUCGAUAUUCUGCGCAAGGUUUGCAACCACCCGGAUCUCUUAGAGCCGCGGUUACGGAACAGAGCUGGGUACAAAUGGGGAAAUGCAAACAAAUCUGGCAAGAUGCAAGUCGUCAAGGCUUUGAUUAUGAUGUGGAAAGCGAAAGGCGACAAGAUACUUCUCUUUAGCCAGGGUGUGCAGAUGCUCAACAUCAUCGAAGAGUUUGUGAAGAGCCUUGGAGGGUUCACCUAUUUGCGUAUGGAUGGUGGCACCCCUAUCAAGGAACGCCAGACUAUGGUCACGAACUUCAAUGAGAAUCCGGGUAUAAACAUAUUCCUCCUUACGACAAAGGUGGGCGGCCUUGGUGUGAACUUGACCGGUGCAAAUCGUGUGAUCAUCUUUGACCCUGACUGGAAUCCUUCCACCGAUGUCCAAGCACGCGAGAGAGCUUGGCGUCUUGGACAAAAGAAAGAAGUUACCAUCUAUCGCCUGAUGAGUGCUGGAACGAUCGAAGAAAAGAUCUACCAUCGACAAAUUUUCAAGCAGUUUCUGGCUGACAAGAUUUUGAAAGACCCAAAACAACGUCAAACAUUUCACAUGAAAGACCUUUAUGACCUUUUCACUCUUGGAUCUUCGGAGGACAGUACUACUGAGACAGGAGAGAUAUUUAAGGGGACAGAAGUGAAAUUUAAGAGAGAAGUGGAACCGGUUCUAGAUUACGACGGCACGAGCAUAAUGCCUUCUCAAGAUAUUCCACUAAGAAACGCAGUAUCUCAAGCCGCCAACGCCGAGACUGCCAAGAAUCUCAUUGCAGGGAAAGUCACAGACCCCCUAGCUUCCACCGACGGCGAGGUCCUGCCAUCCAACCUCGAGCGUGACGAGGUGGGCAACUUCAUCGGUAUCGCUAAAAUGGAAGACUUCCACGACGAAGACGAGGGCAAGACCUCCACGGAAGAAUCUCGCAUCAUGGAAGGCAUCUUCGCUCGCUCAGGAGUCCACUCUGUCCUCCAACACGACAAGAUCAUCAACGGCAAGCGCGUCGUCCAAGCCGACCGCAUCAUUAUCGAACGCGAAGCCAAGCGCAUCGCAGCUGAAGCAGCAGCUGAACUUCGUCGAUCCGGGGAAGAAGCACGCAAUGUCCCCAUCGGCACAGUUACCUGGACUGGCCAGGUUGGCGAAGCUGGGCGACCUGCCCCAGCGAGACGUAGAGGUCCUGGUGCUUCGGGCGUGCUGCAGGGUUUGAAUGAGAGACAAGGCUCUGGUUCUGCUCUCAGCAGCUCUGGAAGCUCGAGGAGUGGUACACCGACCAGUGGGACACGUGGGCCGAGGGGCAAGGAUUUCCUGAAGCUGAUUAGGGAUUACAUCCGCAUUCAAGGUGGAAGCGUCCCGUCCCAGAUGCUUGUGGUGCAUUUCGGGAAUAUGUGCAGAACGCCCCAACAGACGGCCGAUUUUAAGGCGAUGUUGGACGAGGUUGCGGAAAUCAAGCGGCCGAAUGGACUGAAUUCGCGGGGAAGAUGGGAGUUGAGGGAUGAAUUUAAAUGA